GAGGUGCAAGUGGUCAGUUUUUAUGAAUAUUUAACUAAAUACUUAGAAAACUCAUCCAUACUUAAUCCAUCUGAACUAAAUUUGGACAUUGUUGGCAUGAUGAUGCCAGAAAGACAGCAUGAUGAUUGCAUUAACAUGAUGCCAUCAGUCAGUGCAAUAUAUUAACAGAUUUUAUUUACUCAAAAAAGUGCCACUUGAUCAAAAGAAACAUAAAACCCCUCAAUACAUUAAAAUCAUUUAAUUGUAAAACACAUCUUUAGCAAAUAAAAUAGAGUAAAUCAGGCCAGCUGUAUUUCCAAAGGGUGUGGGGAUUUAAAUAAGCUUUGCAUUUAUAGAACCAGUUUGACCAGUGCUGAAUAAAUAGUUGAAGGUUAGUUGUCAUGAAAAGAUUCAUGAGGAAUAACAGCAUUAUGCCCUUCAGUUUAUUCUGAUACUCAAAGAGAAGGUAAGUUAAACUUACAUACUCUAUUAUAUGAAGGCCUAAAAUAAUUUAGGUGCAUGAUAAAAAAAAGAUAUAUAUGCAUGCAUACCUAUACGAGUUAGGUCAUGUAGAUAUAAAGCUACCACAUGUUGCAAGAAUUUGCUUUCAAUGAUUUUUUUUCCCUUAACAAACAAAAGCAUUGAGCUGAUGUUAACUGGUUCUCUUUUCAAAUAAAUACUCUGUUCAAUAUUUAUAUUGUCUAUUAAUUUAACUUUUACUGCUUUAAUUGUUAAACUAUCUGUCUGUCUGUCUGUGUAUGCUUUGAAUACUUGCAAGGUAAUACUUGAUGUAGUAUUCUAUUGCCAACAUGUAUUUUUCUUGCAUGAUUAAUGGGGAAUUUGCUUUGUUAAAAGAAAAGUAACUAGCAGAGCCAAGUAUGUAUAUCUCAAGAAGUCUCAAAUUUCAAGUAAUAAGCUGUCUCAUGCUGCUCAUGUUUCUAUUUAGGAACUGAAUGAGAAUCCUACAUCAGUUUCUUUGCAUAAAGACAAUAAUGCAUCGUUAAAUAAUAAAAAAAAAUACUCUGUUUUUCUGAUCAUUGGAUGUCAGAAUUUACAGUAGCCUUUGACUUUUUGUAUCUUAUUGGUCAUAAGUUUUAUAUAUAAUUAUGUAUCUAUUUUACAGCUCCAGUAAAUAUGAACAACUUGAAUGAUCCUCAGGACUGGAAUAUAAGGCCAGAGAGGCAGGGUGAUGGUGGUGACAGCAGUAAGUGGAACUAUGCCCUCCUCGUGCCCAUGCUGGGGCUCGCUGCCUUUCGAUGGAUUUGGUCCAAGCUGUUUCAAAAGGAAGACCUGGAUCUUGAACGUCAAGAAUGUCGUAACAUUAAGUUGGAAUGUAAAACUCUAAAAUACAAAAUAUCUAGAUUUCAUGAGGCCCUAAAAAAGGGAAAAGAGCAAGAGCAAGGAGCUUUAAAUGCUCUGACUGUAGUAGAGAAAUUGCUGAUGCAAAGGCAACAGGCCUUUUGCAGUCAUUUUGUGUAUCAUUCAUGGAGGGAGCAGUUGGAGAGAGACCUAAUGGCUUAUACAGCCAAACAUCCCCUUGCACAUCUGAAGAUGGAGAAUGAUCUCAGAGAUAUUUUUAAUAAUGAUCAGAGUUGUGCCGAGUAUCUCAACACAGAUCAGCGGAAGAAUGGAAGUCUCAUGUGGCUGUAUCUCAGAUACUGGCGACUGCAGCUCGCUCUUCAAACACACCAGAGAGCUGAAGCUAUACUCGGGAUACAGACAAAAAAGUGACACUAGGAGAGCAGAAAUGAAUUAUGUGUUUUAAAAGACCACAUUGCCAAUAAAGUUAAUGAGACUAAA